UAAUUUAUAAAAAGCACAAUGGCAACGCGCAUGCGCAUACUCUGCUCCGCGCAUUAACCUACAGAUCUAGAACGAAUACGCUGCAUUUUUUGAAUAAUCUCUGGUGAGCAUAGAUUUCAUAGAAAAAAAACCAUACUAUAUUGUUUUAAGUGUUUACCUUUUUUCGAUUAAUCCUGUGACGUACAAAGACUGACGUUUUUAGGACUUUACGUUUAAGUUUUUAAAGUUUUUCUUAAGGUGUGCAUUGCGCGUGCAGACCCUUUCGGAAGCAAACGCUGCAAUUUUGCGAACUCCCUGGAAAACUGCUCGGUCACAUGUGAGUCAAAAUGAGCGAGCCUCCUGGAAGUAUUUCGUAUAAACGUUAUCUAACUGAUCCUGAAGAGGAAAUUCCUUCAAGAACCAAACGGAGAUGGGCACAAAAAGAAAGAAUUAAGGUUGCAGAAGAAGAACUUCAGAAUGUUAUCAAGGAAUGUGAAAAGGAAAUCCCAGACACCCUUCCAGAAGACAGAACUCUGCCGAUGACUAAUGAUGAAGAGUGCACUGCAGGUCCUGUUCAGAUAGAGGUCCCAGUGGAUUCAGGUCAAACUAAAGAGCAAAAUCAACUACUACUUCUGGCACUUAAGCUCAAACACAGUUUGACCAGUGACUGUCUUGAAGAUAUCAUGAAAAUCCUUAAUCUUGUUGGUGGCAGUGAUUCAGCGUGCAGGACAAAAUAUUCAUUUUACAAAGCUUUUGAUGAUACAAAAGACAUCAUGAAAAUCUGUUAUGUGUGUGAGCAGUGUAGUAAUAUAAUGUCAGCUGAGCUGGACCAAGUUCAUUGUGUUCAAUGCAACAUCACCUAUGACAAAGCAAGUAGGUUUACCAAUAACUUUUUCAUAUACCUCUCCUUGGAAGAUCAAAUCAAAAAUCUCUUGAGAAUGCCAGGAAUUACAGAUGAAUUAAUGAGAAGGCAAACAGAAACAUCUACUUCUCUCAGUGACAUUUGUGAUGGUUUUUUGUAUCAGAAAGCUUUAAGUGGUUCAGAAACGGCCCUUCAAACCCUCAGCUUAACAUUUAGCUGUGAUGGUGUCCCAGUUUUUAAAAAGUCCCCUUGUAGUAUUUGGCCCCUUUUAUGCACCAUUAAUGAAUUGCCAUUGAAAACAAGACAGGAUAAUGUACUCCUUUGUGGACUAUGGUUCGGGGAUGAGAAGCCUCACAUGAGAAGUUUCUUAAAACCUUUCAUUGAUGAGUGUGUGGACCUACAGGACAGUGGUUUCACAUGGGAAAAUGACAAAGGCGUUUCUGUCAAUACAAAAGUAAUCCCUCUAAUUCUAAUGAGUGACUCAGUUGCCAGACCUCUGAUCCAGAAUUUUAAACAGUUUAAUGGUGAAUAUGGAUGCUCCUACUGCCUUCAUGAAGGAAAGGUAGUUGAAAAAGGCAGAGGAUUCACUCGUGUAUAUCCUUUUCAGAAGGACAUUCAGCUCACUGGUAUAUAGGUAGGUCUA